UUUCCAUUCCGAACUCAUAGAGAGGCCUUGAAGAAAAAACAAAGCAAAAGAAACACCACCAUGCUGGAUGGGAAAGAUUCUCUGAACCCAGAAAUCAAGUACUGUUUUGCAUGGCCAAUAUUUGAAUAAUUAAGAACAACAUCUUAGAUAGAUUUCAAUGCAUAAAUUGUCUAGCUGUGUAUAAGGUUUCUAUUGCAUUGGAUUAAAAGGUGGAAUCUGCAUUCUGAGAGAUUAUUUGAAAAGCCAAUGCAGGAAGUAGAAAAUGAGUUGUUUUCCAUGUUGCACGUCACAAGAGAAGAUCAACAAGAAGUCAUUGAAAAAGAGCAUUAAGGAAUACCAUGAAGCAAAAGUGCUAGCCUCAUUUUCCAAUAUCUCUUUUAAAACUGAUAGCGGCAAGAGAAAGUUCAUAGCAAAUGAGAUAGCGAAGCUUGGGAAAGGGAACAUCACCUCCAAGACUUUUAGUUACCGUGAGCUCUGUGCUGCAACUCAGAACUUUAACCCUUCCAAUUUGAUUGGAGAAGGAGGCUUUGGGAGGGUGUACAAAGGAUGCAUUAAAAACACAAAUCAAGUUGUUGCUGUGAAGCAACUAGACAGGAAUGGAUUUCAAGGAAACAGGGAAUUUCUUGUAGAGGUUUUGAUUUUGAGUCUUUUGCACCACCCUAACCUUGUCAAUUUGGUAGGGUAUUGUGCUGAAGGUGAACAGAGGGUUUUGGUAUAUGAAUACAUGGCCAAUGGCUCUUUAGAAGAUCAUCUACUUGAAUUAACUCCUGAGAGAAAGCCCCUGGACUGGAAAACUAGGAUGAAAAUUGCAGAAGGUGCAGCAAAAGGACUUGAGUACUUACAUGAUGUGGCGAACCCGCCAGUGAUAUACCGCGAUUUUAAAGCAUCAAACAUACUGUUAGAUGACGACUUCAAUCCAAAGCUCUCUGAUUUUGGACUCGCAAAGCUUGGUCCAACUGGGGACAAAACACAUGUAUCCACCAGAGUGAUGGGAACUUAUGGCUAUUGUGCUCCUGAGUAUGCAUCAACAGGGCAAUUAACAACAAAAUCAGAUGUGUAUAGCUUUGGAGUAGUGUUUUUGGAGAUGAUCACAGGAAGAAGGGUCAUUGACAAUUCAAGACCAACAGAAGAGCAAAAUUUAGUCAUUUGGGCACAACCACUUCUAAGAGACAGAAAGAAAUUUACACAAAUGGCAGAUCCAUUGCUAGAAGAUAACUACCCUGUAAAGGGUCUUUACCAAGCUCUAGCAGUAGCAGCAAUGUGUCUCCAAGAGGAAGCAGAUACACGGCCUUUGAUCAGUGAUGUAGUUACAGCUCUUGACUUUUUGGCAAAGAAGAAAUUAGAAGGGGAUGAAGAACAACAUGCUAAAGAGACUUCUUCUUCUGCUCAGAAUGGACAUGGAAGUGAAGAAAAGGACUCUGAUGGAGUAAAUGAUGAAGAUGAUGAUGAUGAUGAUGAUAGCAAUGAUGAAGAUGAUGACGAUGAUGAAGAUGAUGACGAUGAUGAAGAUGAAGAUGAAAAUGAGGAUGAGGAUGAGGAUGAGGAUGAGGAUGAGAAUGAGGAUGAUGAAAAUGAAGCUGACAAUAAUAAGGGUAGCAGAGGACAAUGAAUGGAAGUGCAACUUCAAAGAAUAACCUUCAUUUUCUUUUUUUUUCUGGAAGGUUGAUGAACUACCUCAUGUGCUUAAAGAUGGAUUAGGAUUCUCUCUGUAAACUUCACAUGAUUUAUCAUGUUGAAAUUUUGUGUUUAUCUUAUUAAUUAGAUGAGACCCUUCAAUAUUUAUAAAGAUAGAGAUAGACAAAAUGUUCCACUUGACAUUAUCUUUACAUGAGAGGAUUCUAAUAUGUGAAAGGCUUACCAAACUC